GUCAACACACGCUGUAGUUGAAGUCGUGAAUUGCAACAGAAGGUGCCUAUUGUAUGAAGUCUUGCUGGUUAAAUCAUUUAUAGGUAUAUUUAAAGGUUUAGUCAUACUCGAAAGGAGGGAUGUUGCGACGUCCCAAACCCACCGAUUCGGAGGAUGAUCUCCUACGUGAGCAGCAACGGUUUCUGUCAUCAGGUACCUCGCCAUCAGUCGUCAAUGUGGUGCGGCGUCCUGACAAGCGCCGAGGCGAACAGGGGACGGGUGACCCAGAAAACAGUGAGGACAGCCAGAGAGAUAUCGUCACCAUCGAAGAUUUGCCAGAUGAAAUUCCCUCCCUUACACCUGCACCCCCCAAGAAGUCACGCUUUAAAAAGGCCCAAGUGCACUUUGAAGAUGAAGAUGCUGAGGAGACACUGGACAGACAUGACUCACACAUCAGUGCUGUUCUCUCCAGGAUAGUUGAAAGAGACACAAGCACUGUGCCUAUAUGCCUUCCUGCAGUUACUGGCUUUGCAUUUCCCAAAGUUAUGCAUCGAUCUGAAGGCGUCACUCAGGCUAAAAGUACUGUUUCUGGAACCAGGAAGAGCAUUUUUGCUCGUCAGAUUGCUGCACAGAGAACCAAAGGGGGAAGACUUCCAUCACAACAAACAUCAAUCUCUGUUGUUCCUAAAGCACCCCAAAGUGUUGAGUCCCCCACCAGCAUGGAAUUAGAGAUGCCAUCUGGAAUUGGUAGUGUGUCAGGCGGCCCUCUCCUAGUGUCUGGACAGGGCCUGGGGCAGGGCCUGGGACAGGGUGACAGUGCUCUGGAGGGCGUGAAGAUUCACCGGGAGAACCAGGCACGUCUGGAGGGCAUGACACAGGAGGAGAUCCUGGAGGAGCAGAGAAGGCUGCUGGCACAGCUUGAUCCCAGGCUGGUGGGCUUUGUGAGGGCGCGUAAGGGGCAGAAGAUGGCUGGUUCUGAUCUCGCGGAACAGACAACUUCCUGUGGUCAGGAUGGUGAGGUCAGGGGUCAAGAGAAGCCUUCAGUUGUUUCCGCUGCCUCCUCAGUCAUGGACGUCACAGACACCAGCCAGGAGCCACUGCAAGUUGGCAUGGAGGAUCCAGAAGAACCCGAAGCAACUCAACAAAUCACAGAGGAGGACCUGCCGUUCAAGCCCCAGAAGGAUUGGGUGCACAUGGACAAACUGGAGCCUGAUAAACUGGAGUGGACCAGAGACCUGCCCCCACCCAGACGAAAAGGAACUAAGAAGGGCAUGCAGGCUCGGUUUGACUUCACUGGCAACCUCAUGUCCCCAACAGAAGACCUGCCCACACAUCUGGGCUUGCAUCACCAUGGAGACGAGCCUGAGCUGGCAGGUUACUCCCUACAGGAGCUCUUCAUGCUCUCUCGCAGUCUGGUGUCCCAGCAGCGCACACUGGCUCUCAGCACCCUGGCCAACAUCAUCACAAAGGCUCGCUCAGGAGCGUUUGCGUCGGUGCUGAAGGGCAGUGUGCUGUCCACCCUGCUGGACGCCGGGCUGCUCUUCUUGCUGCGUUUCUCGCUGGACGACGGCGUGGAGGGGGUGAUGGCCGCUGCGGUGCAUGCCCUGCGAGCUCUGCUGGUGUCCACCGAUGACGAGGACGGUCUGGAUGGGACGUUCUCCUGGCUCCUGGGAAUGGCCUCUUUUCCCCUCCUGCCCACCACCCAGGAGGAAGAGGAGGAUGAGGAGGAUGAGGGGAUGAUUGGCAAAGAGACGGAGAAGCAGAAGGAGGAGAGGAAGUCUGAUCAUGAGGUGGCACGGCAGGACGUGGUCAAGGGGCUGUUGAAGAUGACGGUGUUGCCACGGAUACGUUACAUCCUGGAGGUGGUGCGUCCGUCUCCACGGGUGGUGCUGGACCUGCUGGAGGUGCUUGUGCGGAUCGCUCGCCACUCCACUUCUGCUGCCACACAGAUUGUGAACUGCCCCCGCCUGAUGGACACUGUGAUGUCAGAGUUCCUGCCUUCCUCCUGGGCCUCCUCACCUGCUCCGCAGUCUUUGUACGGGUUGCCCGUUGCCAUGGCGAUGAAGCUCCUCCGCGUGCUGGGCACAGCGGGACGGCACGUCUGUGCCAGGCUGCUGCACUCGCUGGGUGGGAAAGAGCGUUUGUCUCUGCUGCUGGCAGUGGAACCAAGUGAGCUGCUCCUAGAGGCGGGGGAGGCGUUUCGCUGUAGCACAGAGGCCUACAGGAUGUGGGCUGUAGCUGCCAGCUAUGGUCAGGCCUGCAAUUUGUACAGUGAUCUGUACCCCGUUCUGAUGAAAGCGAUGCAGUCCUUCCCCCGACCCGUUUCCUCCUCCACCGGUCGCGUGCUUCCGCUGGAGCUCCAGAGAGCCCAGGCCAUCCUGACGCUGCUCACCCAGGUGACGCACACCGCAGGCUGCCACCAGGAGCUGCAGGCCGCCCUGGCCAGUUCCCAGGGUGAGUGCCCUCCACCCCCUCCAGUGACAUGGGGUCAUGUGACUGGACUGCAGCCCACUGUGAUUGGUCAGCUAAAGGGCUGUAUGAAGGGGCUGUGUGAGGCGGAGCAGCAGCUGGAGAGCUCACUGAGUCUGCUUCCCUCUUACCUUCUCUACCUCGGGGCCUUUUACUCCCAGCUCCCUCUACAGAGCUCAUUUCGGCCAGUGGAAUGUCUGCAGGAGCUGGAGUCUCUCACCUCAGAGGUACUGCUGCCACUGAUCUCCCAUCAGGCAGUGCACAGGAUGAUUGACAACCUCAAGUCACGCUCGGCCGUGUGCAACCCGCUCUCCUGCUGCCCGGGGCCUGAGACGGUGGCCAGCCUGCCGGGGUUGGCCUGCUCUGGGGAAGGGAACAGCAAUGGCCUGGUCGGCCCUGGAUCCCCAUUCCCCCUCCUCACCAGCCUGUACUACCUGCUGGACAUCAUCACAGGCAUACACAAGGGACUGGCCAAGAAGUUCAGUGUGCUGCUCCUGACGGACUCUGUGCUGGCGUACCUGCACAGCUGUGCCCAGGCCAUGCCCACCCUCACCCACAGCCGUGCCUGGCUCCUGAGGCAUGAGCAUCACCUGCUCUACCUGCUGCUCCGCCUGGCACACAGACUGGUUCCAGUUGACCCUGAAGUCGCAAAGCACGCCUCCCUUUUCCAUCAGGUUGCCCUGGCGAUCCUUCCAUGGUUACUGCCAGGAAGUGAAUACGUGGCACAUGAACUGUUUUCCUUCAUUAUCUUCAACCAGGCCUUCAUACCUGAGGGGGCCAGUGGAGGUCUGGAGGCAGCUGCUCUUGCUGAGCUUCACCUUCAGGAGGGGGUCUCCGCCCCCCCUCCUCUCGCUCCUCUUCUCCGGGACGCCUGCGCCCAGCUUCCCUCCCUCCGCGGCUGCUACCUCACCCACCUAGCCCACUCCGAGCCCCUGGUCCUGGCCUCCCGCAACCUCCACCUGGGCCGCACACCCUGGCUCCGCUCCCUCCUCCUCCCCGACCUCGCCCUUGGCCCCUCACUGCCCUCCGAUUGGCCUUACUUGCCGCUCGUCAGCCUGUACGAGCGAAUGGGCCAAUCGGAGGGCGGCGGCGUGGAGACGGAGUUCCUCCCGGCCGGUUCGCUGGCGUCGGUCACCCACUGCCUUCAGUGGCUCCUGCUGCUGGAGAGCUGGAGGGAGGUGGCACUGCGGGUGGUCACCCCCGCGGCCAAGCUGGCCCGGCUGGCCUGUGUCUUCCUGGCCUCCAGCGACCUCUUCCUGGAGCCCCCCGUGCAGCGCCUCGCCGGGGCCCUGUUCGGGGCGCUCACGCGUCCCCGGGUGCUGGCCGCGCUGGAUCUGGGGGUGCCCCCGCCGGGCCAGGCAUCCUUCCACGACCUGUACGCAGCGCUGCUGGCCCAGUACGAGGCUGUGUCGUUCGGGGACGUGCUGUUCGGCUGCUUCCUGCUGCUGCCCCUGCAGCGUUGCUACAGCGCCACCAUGAAGCUGGCCGUGUUCGGGGAGCACGUGGGGCUGCUGCGCUCGCUGGGCGUCCCGCUGCAGAAGCUGCCUGUUCCCCUGGAGAACUACACGUGUCCCCCGGAGGACUCCGUGCCGCUGCUGGGGCUCUACUUCCGCGCGCUGGUGACGGGGACGCUGCGCCGAGCCUGGUGCCCCGUGCUGUACGCGGUGGCGGUGGCCCACGUCAACACCUUCAUCUUCUCCCAGCAGCCCGCAGCUCAGGAGGUCGAGGCGACACGUCGCGGCCUGUUGAGAAAGACUUACUACCUGACAGAUGAGGUGUUGAGGGCCCACCUGCUGCUGUGUAAGCUCCCGCAGCAGCAGAGCGAGCUGGGCUUCCUUACCUAUGAGCAGCUGCCUCCCCUGCGGGCCCGCUGGCUGGAGAAGGAGCUGGGCCUGGAGGAAGGCAGCGGAGCGGGGAGGAGCAGGGCAGUGACCCCCUGACUGAUGCCCCCCCCCGCAGGGGCUGAGGGGAAACCAGAGGAGCAGACCAGAGACUCAUGCCUGUGGUCUGGAGAGACUGAUGGAAGGGCAGUUUGAGGCUGCGUAGGUUUCCAGUGGGGAUAGGGGGUGGGGAUAGAUUGGUAGAUGACGCAGAUGAAGUCAGGACUUGAACAUGCCCUUGAGGAUCUGUGUCAAACAUGGCUACAAAUGCUUAUUUAUCUUUUUUGUAAGUAAAGGUUCUUUAUGUA